CAUAUACCGGUUCUCUGCAUAAUCGAAUCCGCAGAUUGUUUCUGUGGAGGAAUGUGACAGGCACCUGUGAGGUGAGCCGACACCAGGGGAGAGAUGACCGGGCAGACGGAAGAUGAUAUACCUGAAACAGGAGCAAUCUUCACCUUUGGGAAGAGCAAGUUUGCUGAUAAUGUGCCCAGUAAAUUCUGGCUGAAGAAUGACCAUCCAGAAGAAAUCUCGUGUGGGGGUGAUCACACUGCUCUCGUAACAGGCCAUAGCAGGCUGUUCAUGUUUGGAAGUAAUACCAGCGGUCAGUUAGGACUGGGGUCAGAGAUCAACAUCAACAAGCCCACUGCUGUGAAAGUGUUGAAGACUGAAAAAGUGAAGUUUGCAGCAUGUGGAAGAGACCACACAAUCGUGUGCACAUGGAGUGGGCAGGUUUAUGGUGCUGGCAGUAACCAGGAGGGGCAGCUUGGUUUGGGACACUGUGAUGACACAAACACCUUCCACCUGAUUCAUCCCUUCUCUGACCACGCACCAAUCAAAAUGCUUGCUGCUGGCUGCAACACCUCAGCUGCUCUGACAGAGGAAGGCAGGCUGUUCAUGUGGGGUGAUAACUCGGUUGGCCAGAUCGGUCUGGGGGCAGAGAGCUACGCCUCAGAGCCCAGAGAGGUGAUGGUGGGGCAGUCAGUGGCCUGGGUGUCCUGUGGAUACCACCACUCAGCGUUCGUCACAGUGGACGGGGACCUCUACACGUUUGGGGAGAGUCGGAACGGAAGGCUGGGUCUAUUCCGUGACCAGCUGGCCAAUCACAGAGUCCCUCAGCAGGUGGAAGGCAUCCAGGAUCCGGUCAUCCAGGUGUCCUGUGGAGGGGAGCACACAGUGGCACUCACAAAGGAGGAUGUGUACACGUUUGGGCGGGGUCAGCAUGGUCAGCUGGGCCACGGGACCUUCCUGUUCGAAGCACAUCUGCCCAAAGCACUGGUCCACUUCCGGAACGGCAGAGUCAGUCACGUCACCUGUGGAGAGAACCACACUGCUGUGAUCACAGACAGUGGGAUUCUGUACACCUUUGGGGACGGUCGCCAUGGUAAACUCGGACUGGGGGAAGAGAACUUCACCAACCAGUUCAGACCAACACUGUGCCCACGCUUCCUCAAAUACAGUGUCCAGUCAGUGAAAGGUGGCAGCUCUCACAUGCUGGUGCUGGCUAUGCCCAGACCCCCAGAGGUUGAGGAAGUGGUGAUAGAGGAAGAUGAUGUCACAGAGACCAUUCUGGAGACUCUGGAAACCUACACUGAGCUGCUCAUGAUGGAUCCCUCCCUCCUGAUGUCCAACCCACCGACUGCACCUCCUCUCUGGACCCUGUCUGCUAGGGCCCGCCGCAGGGAGAGGGAGUGUUCUCCAGAGCAGUUUGGCCAGAUGUUCCGUAACCUUCCUCCUCUGAUGUCUGGCUUCUUCAACACCUCCCUUCCUGUGUCCAGGAACAUCCACAUCUCCAGAACACCAUGUAAAGACCCCUCCACCUCCUCACUGUCUUCCAAUCCCUCCUCAAACAACACCCCCAUUCCCUCUCUGUCACUCAAACCCAGAGGCAAACCCCCUUUAACACCAUCACGGUCACCCCAAUUCACAUUCCCAGACCCUCCCAGCCCUUCACUCUCCUCAAAGUCCAGCCCUAAGAAGAAGAAGCCCACCCCGUCAAAAUCACCAAAAUCUACAUCUGAAGAACCCAGUAGCCCCUCACAGUCCUUCCUAUCCAUGCCUAAACUCAUCCCCGACCCCACACUGUCCCCCAAAACCCCCUUUAAAAAGCCCACAGAUUACAACCAAUCCCCCAAAACGCUGUCUAAGGGGCACCCAAGCCCUUCUCGGAGUCCCACCUCACCACAGACAGAUAGGAAUGAGGACACAGUGACAGAAGCCCCUGACAGCCUGAUGCUCAUUGAGAAUAUGGAGGAUGAAAAGGACACGUUGUCAAACCUGGCAUCACUAUCGAGAGGAGAUUCUGGCAAUGAGACUGGGACUACAUCUGCAGAGCAGAAGGAUAAGGGACAUAAAAAGGGUAGGGUUCUUUGGAGAGCUGUGAAGGAGGCAGAGAGGAAGGUUGAACAAACCCUGACCAACAGGAAGGAGGAGCUACCUUCCCAUGAAGCCCUUCCCACCGAGCUCCAGAGAGGUUCCAGUUUGAAUUUGUUGAAGGCAGAGGCCAUGCCCACAAAGAGUCCCAAACCACUAAAGACCCCUCAGACCCCCCAAACCCCAGCCAGGGGCAAGGAGAACAUCACUUUGACAACAGAAAAGGCUGGCCUUAAAGUGAAAACCAGUAAACUAGAGAGCAAUCUUCAAAGCACAGGUAAAGCAGGGUCUAAGCUAAAUACACCUGCAAAGAAACAAAGCAAGUUAUCUGUGUCUAAACCCAGCACUCCUAAACACAGUCAGAUCCAGAUAUCUGUGUCUAAACCCAGCAUUCCAAAGCAUGGUCAAAGCAAGCUGUCUGAGGUGAAUAAAGGUACAGAGAUGAAAGGGAAAGGCCCUGUAAAGAUCAGAAGUAAGGAGGCCGAGGCGACCAGCACUCCCAUCAAAACGAAAAGUUUGGAGUCCAAAGACAAGAAAUCAAAAAUUGCAGAGGAAGAUACUAAAACUAUUGAAGUUCAAAAUAAACCACUUCAAGGGGUCAAGUCCGCUCCAGUCAAAGUUAAAGGUAAACAAUUAGAGGUCAAAUCCACCCCUGUGAAAAGUAACAUUCAAGAGGCCAAAUCCUCUACAGUUAAAGUUAAAGGUAAACCUGUGGAAAAGGAGCCAAUUCCAAGUAAAACUGUGGCUGAAAACACUCCUUUGAAUGUAAAGAGGAUUCCUCAGGAGGUAAUAGAUAAAACAUGUGGAGGUAAAAACACUCCUUUGAAUGUAAAGAGGAUUCCUCAGGAGGUAAUAGAUAAGAACAAAACAUCUGAAGGUAAAAGCACUCCAAUAAAGGGACAAAGGAAGGCAAAAGAGGUGAAUGAACAAAAGACUGGAGAGUCUAUUACUCUCAAAGAGUCAGGGACAACAGAGGGGAAGAAAAUGGCAGUUAAAGAUAAAGGCAAAGUCACAAAAACAAAAAGUGCAUCCACCAAAACAAAACAUGUGCCUGAACCUGAAGAGGUUAAAGCUAAAUUGACUGAGUUGAAGGGAACCCCGGUGAAACUGAAAAGCAAGCCAACAGAGGUUUCCAGCCAACCAAUCUUAGUAGAACCUACCUCAAAGGCCAAAUCACCAUCCGCAUCACUGUCAUUAUCAGAUGCAAUGCCUCAAAAUGCUUGGGAUAAGAAGUCAGCGAAGUCUGAGCUUAGAGAGCCACUGGCUGUCUCACAGGUCAAAGAUAGAGUGGCGGUCCCAGGGGAAGAUACCAUUGGUGAAUCCCAGGAGGGGGAGCCUGGCUGGGGAGGAUUUCUCAGCGAUGCAGCCUCUCUCCUUCCAACCGUAGGGGUGGCAGGCGUAGCCAUGGGGGCCUUGAGUGAGGCGGUGACAAGUGUGAGGGGGUUUCAGUCAGAGAGUGACACAGCCACUUCUAUCCCUCCUCGGCGGUCCAGCCGGGUAGAGAGGUUCACCAAACAGAGCGCCAUCACCCAGCCUUCCGCAUCCUCCUCUUCAACAUCAGAUCCCAGUGCAGUAACGCAAAGAAACAGGACCUCCAUCUGCAUCAGUGUUCUCAGGAAUUCUGAUCAGGAAGCAGGGAGCGGGAGUUCUGAGAAGAACCCAGACACCACAGAGGAUGCUAGUGACAGGUCGGGAGGUCAGGCCGAGGUUGACGACGAUGAGAACACUAGUAGAGGUCAAAGGUCAGAGGAUGAGGAUGAUGAACAUGAGGAUUUCACAAAGAGACAGGGAGAGGAGGAUGACAGGAGUAGUGAGGGUCUGGAAGAAGAAGAGGAGGAAGAGGAUGACAGGAGUAGUAAGGGUCUGGAAGAGAGCAGUGAACAGAACGAAGGGGGAGAAGCAGAAGACAGUGAUUCUGUGGCUAGCAGAGAAGGAGAGGAGGAUAGAGAAGAGAGGAGCGAAGAGAGCCAGGGCGCGGAGGGGGAGGAGAGCAAAGAGAGUGAUUCUGAGGGGACAGGAGAGGGGGAGGAGAGCAAAGAGAGUGAUUCUCAGGGGACAGGAGAGGGGGAGGAGAGCAAAGAGAGUGAUUCUGAGGGGACAGGAGAGGGGGAGGAGAGCAAAGAGAAUGAUUCUGUGGGGACAGGAGAGGGGGAGGAGAGCAAAGAGAGCGAUUCUGUGGGGACAGGAGAGGGGGAGGAGAGCAAAGAGAGUGAUUCUGAGGGGACAGGAGAGGGGGAGGAGAGCAAAGAGAGUGAUUCUCAGGGGACAGGAGAGGGGGAGGAGAGCAAAGAGAGGGAUUCUGUGGGGACAGGAGAGGGGGAGGAGAGCAAAGAGAGUGAUUCUGAGGGGACAGGAGAGGGGGAGGAGAGCAAAGAGAGUGAUUCUCAGGGGACAGGAGAGGGGGAGGAGAGCAAAGAGAGUGAUUCUGAGGGGACAGGAGAGGGGGAGGAGAGCAAAGAGAGUGAUUCUGAGGGGACAGGAGAGGGGGAGGAGAGCAAAGAGAGUGAUUCUCAGGGUACAGGAGAGGGGGAGGAGAGCAAAGAGAGUGAUUCUCAGUUGACAGGAGAGGGGGAGGAGAGCAAAGAGAGUGAUUCUGAGGGGACAGGAGAGGGGGAGGAGAGCAAAGAGAGUGAUUCUGAGGCAAGCCUAGAGGAGGAGGGAGAGGAGAAAAGUGAAGAGAGUGAUGGGGAAGGAGAGGAGGGAGAGAGUGGAGAGGGGGAAGAGGAGGAUAAGAGUGAAGAAGAGUCCAGUGAUGAAGAGAGUGGGGAUGAAAACAAAGAGGACAAGGAGGAGGGUGGUGAUGAAUCAGGAAGUGAGGCUGAGAGCAAGAGUGAGGGAUCAGCAGAAGAGGAGGAAGAUGAAGAAGCAGAGAGUGAAGAAAGUAAAGCUACUGAGUCUGUAGAAGAAGAAGGAGAGGGAGAGAGUGGAACAGAUGAGGAAGGAGAGGGAGAGGAUAAGGAAGGUUGUGAAAGUGAAGAAGAGGAGGAGGAGGCAAGUGUAAGUGAGGAGGAGGGAGAAGAGGAUGACGAUGAGGAAAAUGGUGCAGAAAGUGGAGAAGGUGAGGGCAAUGUAGGAGAAGAGGAAGCAGUUGAGGGUGAGGAUGAAAAUGAAGGUGAAGAGGAGAACGGUGAAGUUGAGGAGGAAGAGGAGGGAGGAGAGGAUGAUGAGGAAGAGGAGGAAGAUGCUAGUGGAGAGGAGGAACUUGAAGAUGAAAAAUGUGAGGAAGAGGAAGGAGAAGAAGAAGAUGAGGGGGAAGAAGAAGAUGAUAAAGGAGAAGGGGAGGAAGAGGGUGAAGGGGAAGAGGAGGAAUAUGGUGAAAAACAGGAAGAUGAGAAAGAGGAAAUAGAAGUGGAUGAAGAGAGAGAGGAGGAAGCGAACAAACAAGAAGAGGAUAGACAGGAAGUAGGUGGAAAAGACACAGAGGGAGAGGAGGGUGGAAAAAGGGGGGAGGAGAAUGGAGAUGAAAAAGAAGGGAAAGAAAAUAAAGAAAUUGAUGGUGAAUUAGAAGAAGAAGCUGCAGGGGAACAGAAAGGGGAGAUGGAGGUGGAGGAAACAGGAGAGGAAGAAGAUGAAGAGGAAGGGGAAGAAGAGGAGGAAGAAAAACAUAUUAAAGAAGAACAGGUUGAGGAAGAAGAGGAUGAGAAAGAUAGUAAAGAAGGAGAAGAGGAGGAAGAUAGUAAAGAAGGAGAAGAGGAGGAGGAAGAUAGUAAAGAAGGAGAAGAGGAGGAGGAAGAAGAAGAUGAGGAGGGAGAGGAAGAGAAAGAUAGUAAAGAAGGAGAAGAAGAGGAGGAAGAAAAACAUAUUAAAGAAGAACAAGUUGAGGAAGAAGAGGAUGAGAAAGAUAGUAAAGAAGGAGAAGAGGAGGAGGAAGAUAGUAAAGAAGGAGAAGAGGAGGAGGAAGAUAGUAAAGAAGGAGAAGAGGUGGAGGAAGAAGAUGAGGAGGUAGAGGAAGAGGAGGAAGAACAGGAAGAAGAGGAGGAAGAAGAUGAGGAGGAAGAACAGGAAGAAGAGGAGGAAGAGAUCAAAUCUGCAAAAGGGAGAAAGAAAGGCUCACAAAGCGUACCACCUAAAGCAGCUCCCCCCAGCAGGAAAGGGAUUGAAGAUCCCCCGAGGGAGAAACCCAAACCAGCAGCCCGUACCAAACAGAGGACCACAGGGGGAAAACAGGCCAAAAGUACCCAAGAAUCCCAACAGUUCUGGAAUAAUGUCUUACCCCAGUACCUGGAGCUGAAGUGAGACAUUCUGGACCUCAAUGGUUACAAAUCCUUUAUGGGUCCGAGCCCAAACCUGCCUGAUAACAGUGGCUGGAAGGAUUCUGGACCUGAGACACCUGAGUCGUAAGACUAACACAGUACAGGUGUUUGAGAACCUCUGUGUGGAUGUGUGCUUGUACUUUCUAUUAUGUCACUUAUCCACAGUUGUGACCCACCCCCCAAAAAAUAGAUGUAUUUAUUUAUUGAGAUUUUUUUUUGCACAAACUGUAUCUUUUUAUUCUCAUGAAUACAUAGUUUGUUCUUGUGCACCUAAUGUUGAAUGCCUUGACCUGACUGUUGGAAAAAUGUGAUACAGUAUAUGACCUUUGGCAUAGAUCAUGAUGUAUUAGAGGUAACAUCUUAUCAUUUAGCCUGCCUGACGCAAACAGGGCCAAGCAGAUGUCAAUAGUAUUUCUUAGAUAUAUUUAUUUCUUAAAUAUCAUCUCAUGUGUAGUUCAUUGCCAAACCAUCAUUACAAACAACAUUGCUCCACAUUUUAAAUACAGGCACUCAUACAGCCUGUCCCUGUGAAAAAUCAAUUUUAUUUAAUCAAUACCUAUGCAUAUAAUUUACACAGUAUGUGUGCUGUAAUGUAUCGUAAGGUAAUUCAGUGUACUCAUACACAAAUGAACUGAAUUGUAAUAUGUCAAUAUUUUUCAUAAAAUAAAGAGCAAUUUAGAUAACUU